AUGUACAUUUGUUGUAUAUGUUCUUCAUUAUUUUCUUCUGUCAAUCAACUAAUGUUGCAUUUAAAAAUUUAUCACCAUCUGGGAGCUCAGUCUAUAUAUAAGUGUAAACAGCAAGAAUGUAAUAGGGACUUCCAAGGUUCAGAACAUUUUAGGCAACAUUUAAAUAGAGUCCAUUCUAAUAUAAUACCUGAAUUCGCAAUUAAUGAAUUGGCAUUUGAUUCACCUAUAUAUGUUUCUGAUGAAGUUGUCCCUAUAUCAGAAGAAAUUCUGAAUUUAAAUGAAAUUAAUAAUAGUAAUUUUGAUAAUGCUGAAAUAGGUGACAGUAGUAGGCCUUUUGAAGAAAUUGUAAGAGAUUAUGCAUUACAAUUUAUAACAAAAUUGCUUACUAAACCUAACGUAACUGAAUCAUUAAUGCAAGAAAUAGUUGUUGGUGCCACCGAAUUGUUUUCGUCUGGUAUUUUAUCUAUUUUAAAAGCUGAAGUAAUACCACAUUUAUACAAAUGUGAUAAUCAUCAAUUAGAUAAAAUUAAAAAAAUGUUUAAUGUAUUAGAAAAUCCAUUUUCUAAAUUAAAUACUGAGUAUCAACGUUUACAAUUUUUAGAAACAAAUCAUUUAUUUUUUAAGCCAAAAAAAGUAGUUAUAGGUUUUGUUGGUGAGAAAAAAGUAAUUUCUGGAAUUGAACGACAGGUUAUGGUUCAGACCCAAGCACAUUUGUUUUAUAAGAUUGUUUUCCCUAUUUUUAUCUACUAUGAUGAUGCUGAAAUGGGUAAUCCUUUAGGGUCCCAUUCCGGUAUUCAUAAAAUGGGAUGUAUUUAUUAUACUGUGCCUGCACUUCCACCUGAAUACUUAUCAUCUUUAGAAAAUAUUUUCCCAGCAUUUAUCUUUCAUUCUUCCGAUAGAGGAGUGAACAAAUUUGAUAAUACGAAAAUGUUUUCUUCUCUUAUAAGGGAUCUUAUUGAUUUACAAGAAAAUGGUAUAUCAAUAGUUGUUAAUUCUACAAAUAUAACAAUUUAUUUUGCUCUUGGUCAAAUUUUGGGGGAUAACUUAGGUCUUAAUUCAAUGUUAGGAUUUGUAGAAAGUUUUUCUGCUAAUUAUUAUUGCCGUUUAUGCCGGUCACAUAAAAAAAAACUUCAACAUAUGCUAACAGAGUCAAAAGAAUCAAUUAGAGAUAUAGAUAAUUAUAAUUUGGAUAUUCUUAAAGCCAAUGUUUCAGAAACUGGUAUAGUUGAGAACUCUGUGUUUAAUUCCAUUCCAAACUAUCAUGUAACAGUCAAUAGUGUAUGUGACUUUAUGCAUGAUGUUUCAGAAGGUGUAGCAAGAUAUGAUAUGGCCACUAUUAUUAGUUAUUUAAUAAACAAUAAAUAUUUUUCACUUGAAGAUCUAAACCUUCGGGUAAUAUCAUUUGAAUAUGGUGUAAUUGACCAAAAAAAUUCUCCACCUCCUAUUAGUCUCAAUCAUUUAAAAAAUGGUUCUAUAAUUAUGUCAGCAUCUGAAAUGUUGUGUUUUGUUAGGUGUUUUGGGCUCAUUGUAGGAGAACUGGUUCCAUUAAAAACUGAAAUUUGGAAGUUAUAUAUACACCUUCGAAAAAUUAUUGAUCUAUGUUGUGCUAGAGUACUUCAGCCAGAAUGUGCACAUCUACUAGAUGCUUUAGUUUCAGAACAUAACAAAUUAUAUUUACAUUUUUCUAACAGUUCAUUAAAACCCAAAUUUCAUAUCCUUACACAUUAUGGUCGUCUCCUUCUUAAAAAUGGCCCAAUUUCUUUAACAUCUUCUUUAAGAUUUGAAUCAAAACAUAAGGUUUUAAAAGCAUAUGCAAAUGCCAUACCAAAUCGUAUAAAUCUUGGCCACACUUUAUCACAUAAACUUCAGAUACAAAUGGCUCAUCGAUUUUUAACUAAAAAAGGAUUAGAACCAGACUUAAAACUUGGAUCAUAUUUAAAAAUUACAUCAUGGAUAAAAUUUAAAGGUGUUACUUAUAAACCGGGUAUGCUGGUGAUAGUAGAAAUCAAUUUAAAUGGAUGUAUAUUUGGUCAAAUAAUUAAUAUUUUUAUUAAUGGUUCUACUGUCCCAUAUUUAGUGUGUGAACUUUUUUUUACUAUUGGAUUUGAUGAUCAUUUUCAUGCUUAUGAACUAAAAAAAUAUGAUGAGACUGAAACAAAUCUUAUUGGGUAUUAUAUAAAUGAUUUGCCUGAAUCAUCACCUACUGUUAUUAGAGUUCUUGGUGAUGACAUUUUGGAUUCAAUAAAUUGGCUAAAACACAACAUUGAACCAGAAGUAACUUUAUACAAACUGUGGGCAGAAACUGCAAGUUAUCACUUGCAAAAACAAAGUAUUGACACAAACACACUUAAAUACCCAGCUUUAAAAAGCUCAAAAGGAGAUGAUGAUUUAGCUGCCAUUCAAUUAUUUCUCUACCUAUUUAAUCCUGUUAACAUUAAAGUACCAAAAAAAACCACUGUCAACAAUGUUACAAAAUAUUCAAUGCGAAGACCAACGAAAUUGGAACAAGCUAGUUCAGUUAUAGUUCACAUGACUAAUAUCAAUGAUCUUAAAACAAUACAUGAAGAAAAAGUGAACAGGGCAUUUAAUUGUGGGUUUACUGUUCAACCAUAUGUUGCCAUUGUGGUUAACGCGGCUACAAAGUUUUUGGUAGACCAACAUUUAUGGCAUGAUAAACUUAAGAACAAUCUAAAACUCAAAGAAUCAAAUUCAAGAAAUAUAAAACAAAUGAAGAUAUUUGCCAAGCUUUUAUUUUU